AUGAAUGGCAAUGUGGAGCUGUCAGACAAAGUAGGGUGUAGUGCUCACAGGCAGCAUGGAGAGGCACACAGGACCCUCCAGCUAGACGCCCUGAAGGCCAGCAUCCUGGGCUACCUGGGAAUGGACCAGCCACCGGCGCUGAGAGCCAGAGAGUCAAGGCAGGAGCUGGACAGGAUGUUUGAGCAGUACAGGCAGAUGCAGCAGCUGUUCAGGGGGAACUCCACUCAAGAGGAGACACUCACGCAGCACACACACAGAGUCUCAACAACCAUCCUCCCAGUCUCUGUGGUGCCAGUCAGUGAGCAGAAGGGUGAACAUCACAUGGAUCCCAAGACUGCCUGGUACAGAGCAGACUUCCACAGAAUGUCCUCUAUCAGAAAUGAGACACUGGUUCAGGCCAGGCUGAAACUUCACAAUGCUGACCCUGGCUGCUCACAUAAUAAACAGAAAAUUCAGAUUAAAAUACAUGAAUACGAAGAAGGAAAAACCCACCUCCACCACAUGGAAAAAUUUGUUACGAAAAGACGAUUUUGCACCAGAAAUGUGACGCUGGACAUAAGAGCUGCCAUUGAAAAAUGGAGGGUACGGUCUAGAAAUAGCACUUUAACCAUUGAUAUAGGUUUUACCAUGGGAUCAAGAACUGAUCAGACUAUACCUAAGAUAGUCCUAGAGAUGGACUUCAUAUUACAUGGCGGAAAAGGCAAACCUAGGCAAGUCAGGUCCAUGAAGGAAGAAGACUGCGAGGAGGAAAACAAGUGCUGCCGGAUAUCGUUGAAUGUGUCUUUCAAAGACAUAGGCUGGUCGGACUGGGUCGUGGCACCCAGCAGUUACAAAAUGUACUUCUGUGAUGGCUCCUGCCCCCACAACUACAAGCCAGCCAGCAUGCACACGUUGGUGAAGUCACGCAUGCAUCACAUGAGCAAAGGGGCCACGCCUCGACCAUGCUGUGUUCCGGCAGCCUAUGAGCCCAUGAUCAUCAUGCACUAUGACAGUCGAGGAAAGCUGAAGCUCACACCUUUCAAUGAUUUGAUCGUUAGCAAAUGCCACUGUGCCUGACAGACAGAGAGAAAAAAAGAGCAUUUGUUAUAGCAAUUUCUUCCCCAAAAUGGGUGGCUUUCUUUUGAACCAUAAACAAAGGAAAAACAAUGUAACCUGUUCUGUAAUUUUUAUUUCAUUUCGUUGUGUUGUUAUAGAUAAAACAAUGUCAUUGCUAAUAUACUUGUUAUUUACCAUUGAUGUCUAUAAAUAUUUAUUGUUAAUUUAUUGCUUAAACCUAUUUCUUGUCAUAUUUGUUGCUUCAACUUGUUACAAAA